AAAUUAGAGAAUACCAGCAGAACCUAAUGAAACAAAAAUUACUUUGGUAAGCUUUUUAUUCAUAACAGACAUUUUGACUUCUCAUAGAAAAGCACAGGUGUCCCAGUGCGACCUGACAGCGUGACACCAUGGCAGCAUAAACAGGACACAGUAUGGAGUGUGUGGCAAGUCAUUGCUAAUUGACCGGCUGCAGGUGCUAUAUUUAAAUAUGCACCAGCCAGUGGCAUGUUUGCUGGAAAACACUAUUAUUCACCUCUAAUUUAAACUGCCAAUGGUAAGCAGACUGUAGCAGAAGGGAGUGGAAGAUGUUUGGUGAGGACACAGUAACAGCAUGGAUUUAGGCUGCUUUAACCUCAUGAACCCUGAUGUCACUCUUAAAUUAUUCACUGCUCUAAAAGAAGAAAAAACUUUGUAUUUUUCUUAGUGGAUCUAAAUCUGUUGUACCUGGGAAAUGAACUGGAAUUUAAAUAUCUGCUAUAAUUCAGAAAAUUUUGAAAUUAUCUUACAUUUAUGAUACAUAUAAGCAGAUAUAUCAACAUAUGUCAGGCUGGGGCAGGGCAGGUGGUGGAUUUGUAUCGUGAAUAGUGUCCGUAUGGGCCACAGAAAUUUUCAGUUUUUUCAUGACUCGGUAACAGAACAUGGGGACGGGGCACGUCGUUUUUUUGUUUUGUUUUUCAUGAAAUUGCUCUUUCUCUUCGGAAAUGACUGUGCAAGAUUAAAAUGAGGAAGCCAGGGAAAGUGCGACAGUGGGGCGGUGAGCCUGCCUGCAGACGGCGCAUGCCUAUCGUUUUCACCUGAAACGAAACCUAAACUGGAAUUGCGGUGUCCGGUAAUCACGAACGGAGCGCGACUCGACGUUAAACUGUGUGUGAGAGCUGAGGGGCUCCAGAUGUGCUCCGCUUCACGCUGACACCUGUGAGCGGUGAGUACACGCGAUGCUGCACGUUCACGGCUUACUUGUUGUUCAUCAGCGAAGUCUCACGUCAUCUUCAAACAGCGUAACUCCAAGUCAGUCUCCGCGAUAUUACAAUCACUGAGACGAUCAGCCUGUUUCACGAUACACUCAAGCAAAGACACCAUUCAGCUUGCCAUAGAAAAAGACAAGUCUUUACCUGACUACACUGCAAACAUAUUACACAUUGCCAUUACACAUUUUCCCGAAUCCAGAUGCUGACAUAAGCAGAAUGUGAAAAAAGAAUGUGAAAGAAUGUGUCACAAUGUCAGCUAGUGGAUUCAGAUUGACUCCUCUUUUAUUAACACAUGAUUUCAAACUUGUAUGCAAUGACUGCUCUGUCAAGGAGAAAGAAAUUACAUAUAAAUUAAAGUCAGUCCACCACCAGUGUGCACGCAGUCUCCUGCUCUGCAAAGCCAAAGGUGGCAGCAAAUGGAGGCCCGUUUCUAGGCGGCCCGCGUUUCCGAACCCAAGUCAGUAUGAGGUAUGUUGCUUCUUUGUGGAGGGCUCUGGUUGCACAUAUCACAAGAACCGGUGCACCUUUGCCCGAAGCGUUGAGGAAGCCGCCGUGUGGACAUUUGAAAAGCGGCACAAUUUAGAUCACGUGGUUCUCUGUCAUCUUAUAGCUCAGUCUGAGAGAGCAUCUGCUCAGCCUGACCCCACCAACCCUCUGGGUGAUGUCUUGGCAACUUUUGAUUUGAAGGCUGUGUGUGAUCUGUGUUCUGUCAAGGAAAACGAAAUAACAUACACAGUUCAGCCAGUGAGUCACAAGUGUAGCAGAAAUCUGCUUUUGGUCAAAACCAAAGCCUCUAACCAGUGGAGGCCUGUCUCAGAGCGGCCUACGCAUGGAAACUUUGGCCGAAAUGUUCUUUAUCAAAAGUGUAACUUCUUUGUUGAGGGUUCUGGAUGUACACAACACAGGAAUGAAUGUACUUAUGCCAGAAGCCAUGAAGAGGCCACUGUGUGGAACUAUAUUAGAGAGAAAAAAAUUGAUAUAAAGGAAUUAAUCAGACUUGUAAUUGAGUCUGAGCCUAUUUCUGUAACACCAGAAGGUGCAGCUGAAAACAUACUCCAACGGUUUUCAGGUGAAUUCAUCGAGUUCUGUAAAGAGUGCUUUCAUGGCCUUCCACAAAAACUGACAGGCAAAAGGUGGAAUGCGACUUGCUCAGCAGAUGCAGCACACACCUGGGAUCCAGUUUUAGUUCAUCACCUUUCAGAGAAAAAAGGAAAGCACAUUUACAGCAAGGUGCGCCCUCUUCCCCAAAACUGUCAGUUUAACUACUGCAGUCAUGUCAGCCAAGGGAAGCCAUGCUGGCAUGAGGCCAGCCGCUGCCAGUCUGCCCAGAGCGAGGUGGAGAUGGCCGUGUGGAAAGCAGAGCACAGCGGGCUCCCUGUUAGGCCUCAUCUCCUUCAGGCAAGCCGGCAGGAGCAGACAAAGGCCAGACCGGUCACCAUGUACUGCAAAGUUUGCCUGCUGGUCUUGUCGUCCCCAGAGAGCUUCUACAAGCACUGCUCCUCUUUGGAGCAUUACCAGCUACUCUCUGAGGACACCACCACCAGGUGGAGAGGACGACAGCCACCACACAACCAGCGAGCUAUGUUUUGGCUGUGCAAGAGACCACAAACGUGUGAGUAUGGCAACAAGUGCCCAAAAGCUCAUUCUGUGGAAGAACUUCAGGAGUGGAUGAUGCGAGCUGAAGAAGAAAAGGAGAUCAGACAUAACAUGGAAGCCCAGGGUCUCAUGCCUUAUAAUGAAAGGCUCUUGGAGGAAUACAGAAACAGCAGUAAUGAAGUGCACAUAUUGUCAGAACAAGUUGAUGAUGUCAGCAUCUCUUGCAAUGAAGAUUUAACUGUGGCUUGUGAGCGGAUCAAUACAAUACUGCAGUGGAGGUUUGAAGUUGAAACAGAGAGACAGCUUGUGCAUGUGGCGCUGCUUAAGCAAGAACCAGGCGCUUCAUUCACCCUUGGUGACAUCAGCUCUGAACCCUGCAUCUACGCCUCAGGUGAACAUUUCCUCAGUGAAGACAUGACCUAUGACGUCACUGUGUCUUUCACAUCUGUCAAUCAAGGCCUGUAUGAACAGUGGUUAGUCCUAGAUUUUGACAUGAGACCAGUGCUCUUGAAGAAACUCAGAGUAACAGUAGGCCAUCUGUCACUGGACACAAAUGAAGAGCAAACUGUAAAUCAUGGAGCCACGUUUCAAAGUGUUGAACGUUGGCAUCGAGGGAACAAGGUUAUCAUCCCAUGUUCGUCCAGAACAGAAGAACAAGAGGAGAUGUUAAAGGAGUACAAGCCUCCUGAGAUAAGCUUCCUAUAUAAAUCCUCCUACAACAGCCAAACACCUCUGAAUAAUGAGAACUACAAAGAAAGAAUGCACCACUUCCUGUACAAUGAGGAACAGGCAGAAGACCAUGUUGUUUCAAGACUAAAUGUUUGUGGCGAAAUUACAACACUGGAUGUACUGAACAGUGCACAGUUUGGCAUGAUGAUAGCUCCUCAGGGACAAGUGUUCUGUGCUGUCUCAGUUCCUUGUAAUCUCACCCCAGACACCCCUGAGGGACAAGCACUAAAGCGAAGCAUCCAGUCUGCCCUGAUAGCCCCUUUAUCUUCAAGUGGUCAAAACUCCAAAGUUUAUGAAGCCACCAUUCUGCAAGACAAAACAAGUGACAACAAAAUGUGUUUGCAACUGUCCAAAAAAUGUUGCUCUGAUCUCAGACUCAAAAGCGAAGAGUCGUACCAAAUGGAGGUGCAGUUUCAGCUGAAUCGCCACAGCUUCUGUACCAUGCACAAAGCUGUAGACCUCCUUCCGGACACAAAAAGAGUGCUACCAGACCUUAAAAACUGCGGCGUUCCUAUAAAUAAUAUCCACUGUGAGAAGCUGAAUGCCAAGCAGCAGUCAGCAAUUAACUUCAUCACAGGGAAACCCAGUGUCCAAAAAUUUGUGGCGCCACUCCUCAUUUAUGGACCAUUUGGAACUGGGAAAACAUUCACCCUUGCUACAGCAGCCAGACAGCUUUGUAAGCAGCCUGACAACAAAGUGCUAAUUUGCACCCACACCAACAGUUCUGCAGAUUUGUACGUUAGAGAUCACUUCCAUCCAUUUAUCAACAAGAAAAAUGACGGAAUGACACCAAUUCGAAUAAAAGCAAACAAACAAGGGAGUGCAUUGUCAGCCACAGAUGAGAUUACUUUGAAAUACUGUUUUCUUUCAGAAGAUAGACAGUAUUUUCUCCCACCUACAAAAGCUGCCCUAGAUCGUCACAAAAUAGUCAUAACCACUACAACAAUGGCCAGACAUUUUCAUGACCUAAAGCUCCCAGAGGGAUACUUCACCCACAUACUUAUUGAUGAAGCCUCUCAGAUGCUGGAAUGUGAAGCCUUGAUGGCCCUUAAUCUUGCUGGGCCAAACACCAGAGUUGUUUUGGCUGGAGAUCACAUGCAAAUGGGACCCAAGCUUUUCUCCGUUGAUGAUCAUCACCGUUCAAAUCACACACUCCUUAAUCGCUUGUUCCAUUACUAUCAAGACCAAAAGUGUGAUGCUGCCCAGAGCAGUAGAAUCAUAUUCAGUGAAAACUACCGCUCAACCAAAGAAAUCGUGGAUUUUGUGUCCACCCAUUUCUACGUUGGAAAGAAUGAAAUUAUUAAAGCUACUGGAAACAUUCCGGCUCCCGCAAAUGGGAGUGCCUUAAAGUUUCACCAUGUCAGGGGAGAGUGUCUCUUGGAUACUGUGUCAAUGUCGUGGUAUAACAAAGAAGAGGUUGCCAAAGUGGUUGAAGAAGUGAAAGAAAUUCUGGAACACUGGCCUUUGACCUGGGGUUCCAAGGACCAAAGCUCAAUCUGCAUUCUAUCAGAGGGAUCUCAAGUUCGGCAGAUUAGGACAGCACUUUCGAGGAAAGGUCUUGCUAAAGUCCAUGUUGAGAAUCUUGCAAAUGUGCAAGGCAAACAGUUCAGGGUGGUCAUAAUGACAGCUGUGCAAACACGUGACAGCCUAAAAACAUCUCACCUGCCUGGUCUGGAGUUGUUUAAUGAUGCCCGUGUGUUAAACACUGCAAUGACCAGGGCUCAGUCCCACGUGGUUGUGGUUGGAGAUGCAGCUGCGCUCUGUUGCUUUGGAAAAUGCUCAGAAAUCUGGAAGAGCUACACAGGCCAUUGCAUCAGCAACAACAGUGUUGCACCACAGCAUUUUACCAAAGAUUUCUUCGAAAAAGAUGUCAUGGAAACUGCAAGGUUUCAAAAGUCUGAACAUGUGGAUGAGAGCAACACUCUCAGUGACACAAUUCUUCAAGAGCUGAAAGACGAAUAUGAACAAAUGAAUACAGAAUGUAGUCCAGAUGAAGACAGUUUGGAGCUUGACUUUGAUCAGCACAUGUCAAGAUCACCACACAAAAUCAACAAUGGUGGCACAGACCUUGUGGAGUUAAGUAAAAAACAAACAGGAAUAUACAGGAGAAAGUUGCUCAGGGAGUCAUAUGAAAGAAGUUGUGCCAGACCAUUUCAAAAUCACACCAGCUGUGUAAGCAUUACAGGAAGGACAAACCUGAGUAUGGUCUUCACAGGAAACAAAGUGAUUUUACAAACAACAAGGGCGGUCAGCAAUGCCAAUGAAACAGAGUCAGACUGGGUGCUUGUGUGCCUGCUUGAUGAUGAAGAUUACAGCAAACCAAGGCAGAAUUCUGAAGACAAAUAUGUCAGAAGGACGAUGGUGCCCAUUAAAAAAACUAUGCCCAAAGUACGCAUACUGAUCAGCAAAAGAAAACGUAACUUCAUUCCGAUUUGGGAGCAAAUUAGUGGACAGUGGAAGAUUGCAGCCUAUGAACAUCUCAAUGAAAAACUCAAACAGAACAGUGUAUUCGUGGUGCAAGUGAUUAGCUGGAAAGAACAUUGUUUUUAUCCUUUGGGGUAUGUCAUUGAUAUUCUUCCGGUUGGAAGAUCUUUGGAUCAUGGGCUAAGGGUCCUGAAUGAAGAAUUUAAAGUGGCACCCUAUACAUGUACAUCAGAUGAAGGUUUGUCCUUGCAAGAUGAAGAUGGGCCAUACAGACAGGAUAUACGUGACGUAACUACUUUCACCAUUGAUCCAGAAAAAGCAGAAGACUUAGAUGAUGCCAUCAGUGUUAUGGAGAUUGGUGACCAAUAUGAGUUGGGAAUCCAUAUUGCAGAUGUGGCAAGUUUUGUGAUUCCAGGUGGUACAUUAGAUGAGGACUCAAAACAACGUGGGGCUACAUAUUACUGUGUUGGGGACAAAAACAUUCAUAUGUUCCCCAAGAAGUUGAGCACUAGAUUCUUCAGUCUUCUGUCAGAUCAAGAUCGCAGGGUGGUUUCAUUAAUGUUCAGAGUAAACAAGCAAACAAAUGAGAUCAUUGGAAAGCCUAAAUUUCAACUGUCCUGGAUCAGGUCUAAUAAGAAGUUGUCAUAUGAAGAGGCUGAGACAAUCAUUUCUGAAAGAUUUGGAAAAAGUUCCAAAUUUGACACAGUAGAGGACUGUGUCAUAGUGGCUUAUUGUUUUGCAAAAGCCCAAAGGAAGAUUAGACUUGGACUGGAUUGGGUUUACUCCCAACCUGAUGAUCAGAGAUUGCCCGGAAAGCGCAAAGCCAAUCUCAUGAUUGAAGAGCUAAAUGUGUUAUACAAUACACUUGCAUCUGAGACUUUGAUGAAAUCAGAAAAAACAAGGUAUUGCACACCCCUUCGCUGUCAGUCACCACCAGAUCUUGAAAAAAUUGAAGAACUGAGAAAGAAGACAUGUGCAGAACUUAUACCACUGUCUUUUCAUGUGAGGCACAAAGUUGACCAUGACAGACAAGUCCCAAACUGUGAAAAUUUCAAUGUUCUUGCUGAAGUGUGGAAAGAUAUCCAGUCAGCUGCCAAAACCAAUGAUAUAGACAAAAUGGUGGACCUGAUUGCUGCAGAUGACAUCCACCCUCUGCUCCAACCAAUCAUUGAUGAGUUCAGAAGGUGCUCUAGUAAAGCUCGUCUCAUCCCUGCCAACUCAUCUGCAAGUGUUGGGCAUUAUUCUCUGAAUGUAAGCUCAUACACACAAGCAUCUUCACCAAUACGAAGGUACAUGGACAUCAUCUUGCAGAGACUUUUGCACACCAUCAUUUGUAACAGGGCUGUACAAUACACUAAGAAAGAGAUUUUGACUUUGUGCGAACAGUUUGAGCGCAACCUCAAAAAUGCCAAGGAGUAUGAGCAGAAGGCUGAGCAGAUCUCCUAUGCAGUGAGCAUGAAAAAACAAAGUGCUGCAAAGUUAGCCUUUGUCGUGAAUGUGGAUCCCAACAAAGACAGUUUUGCAGUGUCAUUUCCUUUUAACAAGAACAUAUUUUCAGAGAGUUUAUCAAUUCUGUACCAAGAUUUACAGUUGUGGGACCAACCAUAUGAUGAAACAAAUCACUGCAUCACUCUGAAAUGGAAAAGACGGAUCUAUGCAGUUGACAUGUUGCAAAUCGAACAAGAGUUGAAAAUGCCAGACCGUGGUCCUUGCAUUGAGAUUCCACUGAAAAUAUGGAUAGACACUGUCAAAGCAAUUGAUGAAGAGAACUGGGAUCAUGCAAAGUUUCUCAUAAGGCAACAAGAAAAACAAAAUAUUCUUCCACAAACAUCUGAGAUGUCUCAUCCCAAGACAUGUACCUCUGAGGAGCUAGGGGUACUAAAUGUACAAAAGGGACAUGAGGUUGACAUGACCCUCAAGUUGCAAGCAGGUGACACUCUUAAGGUCCAAAUGACAUCAGAGGUAAAAAGAGGUUACCAGAUGCCGGCUGUUCAGUUGGUGCACAUUAAACCAAACUUCGAGAUUUGUGUGGACCAUGUCCACAGCCCUAUCACAUGCUUCUCCAGAUCUGCAGAUGAUCCAUCAAGGACUCUUUAUCGUGACCCAGAAGAGUAUAUACGGAUCUGGAAACCAUUGUGUGAGAUGGAAUCUGCUGACACUGCAGUGGGCCAAAGUGACAGCAUAGUCAUUGAGAACCUGGUAGUAAACUUCAGUCAAGAGCAAGAAGGCAUACUCACAGGAAGCUUCUUCUUACCCCUGGCACAGAUCAAUGAAUGGGCCAUUGAAUGUAACCUUUCAAAGUGUUUACUGUGCAUACGGAAAAGAGGUUUGAAGUUAACUGAAACACCAAAACAUUCUGCAUUGGUGGACCCAAGAGAGUUCACGUGGGUAGCCCAUGGUGUCACAAGAAAAGCAGAAAAAAGGGAAAAUCCUCCAAAUGAAGGAACUAAAGUGGAGUUCCAUGUCAGUCACUUGCCAAUGGAGACCAAACCUGAUUGUGUGUUUCAGAAGAACACUUUUUUCACAGUUGAGAUAAUUCCAAAACUCCUGCCUGACAUACGAAAAGAAAAUGCUGUGGUCAGUAUCACAACUGCCUGUGAUCUUGUCAAGGCUAUAGCACUUGGACGGCACAUUCCAAAAGAGGUACAAAAGGGACAUAUGAUGAGAAAGGAGCUAUCAAAUGGACUGCCAAAUCUUAACCCAAGUCAGCGUAUUGCUGUGGAUAAAGCUCUAAAUAAUACCUUUACAAUUAUACAGGGACCACCUGGAACUGGAAAGACAAUAGUAGGUGUGUACAUUGUGUACCGUUUCUUAGAGUUGAACUCUAAGAACCAAAGGAAAUUUGACGACCCAAAGGAUGAGAACAAGAAGCAAGUUAUUCUCUACUGUGGCCCAUCCAACAAGUCUGUUGAUGUUGUAGCAGAAUACCUGUUGAAGUUUGGGGAUAACAUAAGGCCCCUCAGGGUCUACAGUCAACAAGUGGAAAUGCUUGAUUACCCUUAUCCAGACUGCACCCUUCAGUUUUCCCGAAGGACUCUCCGCCAAGAACGUGCCAAACCAGAGCUCAGGAGCAUCACACUGCAUCACCGUAUGCGUCAAGACCAAAAUCCCCAUUCACGUGAAAUAAAAGAGUUUGAUCAACGCAUUCAACUUGCCCUUGAGGGAAAAGAGGAGCUGACUAAUGAAGAAGUGAAAGAAUACAAAAAACUUCUCAGAGAUGCUCGGACCUAUGAGCUUGAACGACACGACAUCAUACUGUGCACCUGUACUCAGUCUUCCACCCCAAGCUUGACUAAGACAGUCAGUGCACGUCAGAUCCUCAUUGAUGAAUGUGCAAUGGCCACUGAACCCCAGGCACUGAUUCCAUUAGUCUGCAACAAACCAGAGAAGAUUGUGUUGAUUGGUGACCACAAACAAUUACGACCUAUAGUGAAAAACGCACGCGUGAGGAAGCUGGGGAUGGCCAAGUCACUAUUUGAACGCUACUAUACAAUGCAUGAGGACUGGGCAGUGAUGCUGGACACCCAGUAUAGAAUGCAUGAAAACAUAUGUGAGUUCCCAUCAAAUGAAUAUUAUGAGGGAAAGCUGCAAACUGGGGUGAAGCAGCCAAACAGCGUCCUGCGCGUUGAAGACAGGACAAUGCCAGUCGUUUUUGGGGACAUCGAAGGAAAGACCAUCAGUUUGGUUGUCACCACAGCCAAGGGCAACGAGAAAUCUAAAGCAAACAAGGAAGAGAGGAGCAAAGUGAUUGACAUUGCUCAAAAGCUGGUGCAGAAUGCUAAAGUCAAACAGCAAAGUAUUGUUAUUCUGUCACCCUAUAAUGCCCAAGUGUCAGAAAUAAGAGAUGAGCUGAAGAAGAAGAAAAUGGAUGAAAUCACUGUCACCACAAUCACCAAAAGCCAAGGAAGCGAAUGGCGUUACGUCAUCAUAUCGACAGUGUGCUCUCUGCCAAGUGAAGAAAUUGUGAGUGAUCCAGACGGACUUUGGCUGUCCAAACAUCUGGGUUUUGUGGGUGAUCCCAACCAGAUAAAUGUGGGUAUCACCAGGGCCAAGGAGGGGUUGUGCAUCAUUGGAAACCAAAGGUUGCUCAGCUGCAAUAAAGCUUGGAAAAAGCUGCUGAACAACUACAAGUCUCACAAUGCCGUGACAACUGCAGACAAGAUUUCAGUGCACUGUGCCAGAUAGCUGAUCUCCAUUGUUUUAAGGAGAAUUGAUUUCCUCGAGCAGCAGAUAAGAGUUCCUACUCUCAAUGACUUCAUGAAAUAUGUAUAGAUUUUAUUUAUUAUUUUUUUAGUUUGAUUUGAUUUGAUUUUUGAUGUUGCAGUAACUUUUUAUUGUGUAUUUAAAUUUUCACUCUUUUUACAGUUUUAUAACAAAUGUUGGGCUUUGAUACUUGACACAGUUGGAUUUUUUUGUACAUUUACAUACUCCUUUCUCUUUGAUAUCUAUGCAUCUCUAAAUAGAAAGCCCUUCUUUAUCAACUGUAUAGAAUUUUGUUUUUAAAUGUGCUCAUUGAAAUUUUAACCAUUUAGGUUUUUAUAUUUUUUCAUUUUUGUUUUUAGAAUUUCAGAUGUUGUAUUUAAGAAAGUAAAUAAUCAUAACUUUGGAUAGCUGACAGAAGACAGAGUUCAGCUCUUGUAGUUUUGUUCUUUUUAAUUCAUUUUAGAUUAUCACAGUAUGGAAUAUAAUGAGGCGCUGUUCUUGUUAACUAAUAAAUGAGUCAAAAUGUGUUUUCAUUGUAAGACAGCGGGUCUUAACUUUUUAACUGCUUCACAGAUGGUGAGCCUAUAGUCUUUAUUUUUUCAUUGUUUUACUUCUUGUAUUAUUGUUUUUGAUACCUGCAAAUAAUGACUACAGAAAUGUUUGUAAAAUAAGUUGUUUCUUACUACAUUCAGUGAUAUUAGUAAAUGUGUUAUGUACAAAUGCACAAAAAUAUUAAAAUUGAUAUAGUCCUGG